AUGCUUCCCAUUGGCAGGAAAUUCAGCAACGCAGUUGCAACACACCAUCUCCUUCGUUCUUCAUUAGAAUCAGAGUUAGAGAACUUUCCAUCUACAUCGGCAAGAACUCAGCAGAGAUCUAAUAGAUCUAUGUCUUUAGGAGGCAUGGAUUGUGCAGACCCAAAGAAGAAGAACAAUAUAGUAGGGAAACUUAUAAUGGCUGCUACUCUCACAGCAAUGUGUAUUCUUAUGCUUAAGCAAUCCCCAAAUUUUAAUUCCCCUAGCCAAUUCUCACGUCAUGAACCAGGUGUCGUUCAUGUCUUGGUUACUGGAGGUGCUGGCUACAUUGGUUCACAUGCGACAUUGCGACUUCUGAAGGACUCAUAUCGUGUGACAGUAGUGGAUAAUCUCUCAAGGGGAAAUAUUGGUGCCAUCAAGGUCCUACAGCAGCUAUUUCCAGAACCUGGGAGACUUCAGUUUAUAUAUGCUGACCUGGGUGAUGCGAAAGCAGUGCAUAAAUUUUUUUCAGAAAAUGCAUUUGAUGCUGUGAUGCAUUUUGCAGCCGUAGCGUAUGUUGGAGAAAGCACUCUUGAUCCUCUCAAGUACUAUCACAAUAUUACAUCAAAUACUCUUGUUGUAUUAGAAGCUAUGGCGGCUCAUGGAGUGAAGACUUUGAUAUAUUCUAGUACAUGUGCAACAUACGGGGAGCCUUUAAAAAUGCCAAUUACAGAAGUAACUCCACAGCUUCCAAUAAAUCCAUAUGGAAAAGCCAAGAAAAUGGCAGAGGAUAUAAUUCUGGACUUCCACAAAAAUUCAGAUAUGGCUGUCAUGAUUUUAAGAUACUUCAAUGUGAUUGGUUCUGACCCGGAGGGAAGGCUAGGAGAAGCUCCUCGUCCAGAACUACGCGAGCAUGGGCGAAUAUCUGGUGCUUGUUUUGAUGCGGCACGUGGUAUCAUAUCUGGGCUUAAGGUUAGAGGAACUGAUUACAAGACUACAGACGGCACAUGCAUACGUGAUUAUAUCGAUGUCACUGAUCUUGUUGAUGCUCAUGUGAAGGCUCUGGAAAAGGCAAAACCAAGGCAUGUUGGCAUAUACAACGUUGGUACAGGAAGAGGUCGAUCUGUGAAGGAGUUUGUGGAGGCUUGUAAGAAGGCAACCGGGGUGCCCAUUAAAGUCGAUUUCCUUCCACGCAGACCCGGUGACUAUGCAGAAGUAUACAGUGAUCCGACAAAGAUCAGGGAAGAACUGAACUGGACGGCACAACAUACCAAUCUUCAAAAGAGUUUGCAGAUAGCGUGGAGAUGGCAGAAGACACAUCUCAAUGGGUAUGGAACUCCUCAGGCGGAACUUGGCAAAUCAAAUUGCCCAGUGAGAUUUUUUUGGAGAUAG